AUGGUGUCCGCUCCUCCAGCUCUGCCCGUCCUGACUCUACUCCUCUGCCUGACGCUGCCAGGUGCCCAGAGCCGCUGCUACUUCCAAGCCAAAGCUCUGUGCCGUUAUGCUGGGAAGAAUUAUAAAUUGGGGGAAUCGUGGUUGGGGCCGGACUGUCAGCUCUGCACCUGUCUGCACCCGGUGGGGGUCGGCUGCUGUGACAUAACGCAGCACCCUAUUGACUUCCCGUCAUGGUGUGAGGCGCGCUACCAUCCACAGACGUGUCAGAUCUCUGUGGUACAGAAAGCCAACCCGACACUGCCAUGUGUACACAGCGCGGAGUAUGAAUGGGGGUCAGCAGGAACGCCAGAACCAUCCGCUCAGGCCAUCUACCCAACACACCUGGGGAGAUAGAGGAGCCAAGAUCCUCACCGACUCCCCCUACUGGACAAUAUCUAUCAUUACUCUAACAGCGUCUGUGCUUCCUAUAAAAACCACUUCAUGUGUCCAGAGACGGCUGUACAGGGCCACCUACAUGGAGAACCCGCUGGGGUACACGGCCAGGGGCCCGCCCGCCCACCUCUCCAGACCGCCGGGGACCCGCCCACCUCUCCAGACCGCCGGGGUCCCACCCACCUCUCCAGACCGCCGGGGGCCCCCCAGACGUCUUGUCCUAAUCCUGUGUAUAACCACUGAGCCGUGCGCUCUCCUCUCUAUUGAGUAUUUUCAUGCUGUUGCUUCCAUAUAAAGUCUUCUUCUAAUACAAAGUGCUUUCCUGAUCGGAUGAGUCAUUUAUACACAGGCAAAUAUCAGGAUUAUAUAGUCUCUGGAAACUGCAACCAAAGGAGACCACACAACAGGCUCCUCCUACCGCAGGGCGACAUCUCAAUCACUGCUGCAUCCCCAUCAGAUCCAGGCCCCCGCCAGAUGGCAGCCAUGACCCCCGUCCAUAGAGAAUAACGACCGCGCGCGCCCCCCCCAGCAGUCAUGACACAGUCCAUAGAGGAGCACGCCCCCCCAGACAGCAGCAAUGACCCCCAUCCAUAGAGGAGCACGCCCCCCAGACAGCAGCCAUGACCCCCGUCCAUAGAGGAGCACACCCCCCCAGACGGCAGCCAUGACACCUGUCCAUAGAGGAGCACGAUCCCCAGACUUCAGCCAUGACCCCCGUCCAUAGAGGAGCACGCACC